AACAAAGUUCUGAAGUUCAAAAUAAAACUCCACUUCUCAGAAUCGGAAAAAAUCGGAAAACUUUGUAGGAGGAUCUCUCAGGGAUUUGGUCGGCGAUGGCGUCCAAGCGGAUUCUGAAGGAGCUGAAGGAUCUGCAGAAAGAUCCUCCUACCUCUUGUAGUGCUGGCCCAGUUGGCGAAGAUAUGUUUCACUGGCAAGCAACAAUUAUGGGUCCACCUGACAGUCCCUAUACCGGUGGACUGUUUCUCAUUACCAUUCAUUUUCCACCUGAUUAUCCAUUUAAGCCACCCAAGGUUGCUUUUAGGACUAAGGUUUUCCACCCGAACAUCAACAGCAACGGUAGCAUAUGCCUUGACAUUCUGAAGGAACAGUGGAGCCCAGCUCUUACAAUCUCCAAGGUGUUGCUGUCCAUCUGUUCUCUGCUGACAGACCCUAAUCCUGAUGACCCUUUGGUUCCGGAGAUUGCUCAUAUGUACAAGACUGAUCGAAACAAGUAUGAAACAACUGCUCGGAGCUGGACCCAAAAGUUCGCCAUGGGUUAGCCGCUGUUGCGAUGUGCCCACUUUUCCUCUGUGUUUUUGGACACUAUCAGUAAUGUGUUAGGAAAUGAAGUAUUUCUUAUGGCAUAAUCCGUUCAAGGGGAACGGUUGUGUUGCUGACUCUUGAAACACAAAACUUUGCCUUUCGGUUUGUAAAAUCCAACGGUUAUGCAACUCUAUGUAUAGAUCAAAAUUAAGCAGUUGGACCAUUUUGCAUAUUUAGUGUAUGCAACUCUAUGAAAAUGUUUUCUCAAAAAACUAAGUGGGUUUUUCUUAUA